AUGGAGAAGCCGAAGGCUUUUGCUGUUCUUUCCAUCAUCGGCUUCAACACCGUCGAUGACAGAGAAAAGCAGCAGCAGCAGCAACGACAGCAGAAGCAGCAGCAGCAGCAACAGCAGCAUCCACAGCAACAGCAGCAGCAACAACAGCAGCAUCCACAGCAACGGCAGCAGCAACAGCAGCAAGCAACAGCAGCAGCAGCAACAGCAGCAUCCACAGCAGCAGCAUCCACAGCAGCAUCCACAGCAUCCACAGCAGCAGCAGCAACAACAGCAGCAUCCACAGCAGCAGCAGCAGCAGCAGCAGCAGCAGGACCUGUAGAAGAGCAGGCAAGCGAAUGCCUUGCAGCAUAA